CUCUCCCUCUGACAGCUGCUGAUCGAAUCACACAGACAUCGCAACUCAAAGUCUCACACGAGCGAAGAAAGGCGGGAAGCAACACCGGCAGUGGAGCACACGCGACACGAACAUUGAUCGCGUCUUUCGCGGAACCAGGAGCGAUAUCGCCCUUGUAUAGAGCAAGGCUCUAGCAGUGUUGCUGCGGGGCCGCGACCAUAAGUUGAGCGUCGCAGCUAUGGGCGCCUCCAUCAGCAAGAUGAUGGCCAAGAUCUUCGGAUCCAAGGAGAUGCGGCUGUUGAUGCUGGGCUUAGACGCGGCAGGCAAGACGACCAUACUCUACAAGCUCAAGCUUGAUACAGACGUUACGACAAUUCCCACAGUAGGCUUCAAUGUCGAAACGGUGACGUACAAGAACACCAAGUUCAAUGUGUGGGAUGUUGGAGGACAGGACAAGAUCCGGCCGUUAUGGCGGCACUACUUCUCCGGCACGCAGGGGUUGAUCUUCGUGAUAGACAGCAAUGAUCGAGACCGAAUGGAUGAGGCGAAGAAGGAGCUAGAGCGGAUCAUCCAGGAUCGGGAGAUGAAGGAUGCGCUGUUGUUGGUGUUCGCGAACAAGCAAGAUAUCAGAGGAGCCAUGUCGCCGAAGGAGGUCUCCAAUGAGCUAGAGCUUGACCGGACAGCGAAAGGUCAUGUCUGGAAAGUUGAGCCUAGCUGUGCGACGACCGGAGAAGGUAUCUUUGAAGGCUUGGCUUGGUUGAGCAAUAACGUCAAGUUACCGCCAAAGUAAGCAGGACGAGCCAACAAUAUCAGGAGCAAACAAUACGCGUACACAGACGUUCAAAAGUAGUGCCGCCGAGCUUUACUGUUGCGGCCGCUACUCAGGCCGCAGCUUGGAUGUGCAAGCUCAACUCGGGACAAGCGUGCCACGGCCUGUGGUAAGCGCUACACAUCGACUUGAGAAGCGAAGAUACCCCGGACGCUGGCGUGUUCCAACAUAGCAUACCGGCAGAAAGUAUGACGCGAAGAUGGCAGCGGCGUUGCUAGGUUGUUGCUCGGGAGGGGCGCCGUCUUGGUCACCGCGCAUACUACAGCCUUUAGAGCUGAACGCAGCACUGCGGCAAUACGAUCUGCCCGCAAGAGUGCCCAUGGGCUUCGCUGCCCGUCCAAAUGAUAGACUUCCGCAAAG